AUGUCGCUCGAUACGUCCUCCGGAAGGAGGACCGAUCUUCUCUUUCCAACGGCACAGGGCACUGCCGACGUCAACGACCACUUCGUCAGCAGCAGAGGCAACAGCAUCUCCAUCAACGAGAGGCGAUCCCAGAACCUCGCGUCCGAUUCUGCCGCGGACGUUACUGCACAGCCGACUUCGGACUCACCGACGCCGACCGCAAGUGCUCGCACAAGCGUUUCUGUCGCGUCGGCCGCGCCCAUCCGACGGAAGCCAGUCGCCAGCAGCUCAUCUGUCAACUCGUCGGUCAACUCGGUGUCUCUACCGACCAUUGUUGACCGCACUGCUUCGAGACCCCCGCCGCACUUCACGCCGGAGUCUGAGCCUGCGGCUCAUCCCGACAGCGAGAGCGGUCUCGACCUGUUUGACGAGUACGACCAGUACAGCCAAUACGGCGACGACGCCUACCACGAGCAGGACUCGCAGGAACAGCCGCAACCGCAACCGCAACCGCAACCGCAACCGCAACCGCAUCCGGACCCUGAUCCUCAGCAGUUCGCCUUUGAUCUGGAGAGCGCGCUCGACAUUGACAUUGACGACUUCUUACCCCGCCCCGACCAGCGCUUUACCCGCUCCGGCUCUGUCGACAGCCCAACGCUCUACGAGUUCCCCAAGACCCCGGCGCUCUUUGCUGCUGGCUCCUCUGCUUCGGCUGCGCCCGCUUCGUUGACACCAUCUUCGCUUUCAAAGUCGUCUCUGCACUCGCACGUCUCGUCCUCGUCUUCCGACAAGACUGUUGAAGGCGUCUUUGGGAACAUUGGGCUCGGACACGAGCAAGACGUCGAAGACGGCAUUGUUGAAGAGAACGAAGAUAUCUUCCGAGACGACAAAGAGAGCGCCAAGGUCAAAGACGGAAACAAAGAAUCCUUUGCCGUCGCUCUAGACUUUCAAAGUACCGAUUUUCAGGAAUCCCGGGCAAUCCAGGAAUCCCGCGAAUUCAAAGGUUCUGAGACUGGAUUUCAGAGUGCUGCUGCAGGAAUCGUGCCGUCUCGAAACAGCUCGGCCACCACCCCUGCAGCCCCUCAAACAGACCCAACCACUGUUUCGUCGCAACGUGAACAGGAGUUAACCACUGCAACCACUGUAACCUUGGGUAGCAGCGAUCACAUCCGCACGGAACAGUUGUUUUCUGAGCGUGAAAGCAGCAAAACGAGCGGCGAUUCCAAGAGAGAGUCCCUGCAAGAGUCCGAGUCUCCCGUGCAAGACCGCGAGGCCAGCUACGAUAUAACACAGCGCAACUCUACCAUGUCCCUCUUCACACGCAAGACUAGUCCACCACAUCUACGUCUCGGCUCCAUCAGCAACACAAAUCCCAACGGCAACAGCAACCACACCACACUCAACGACAAAGAAGACAACGCACAAAGAUCAGUGUCACCCGACGACCGAAAUUCACUCUACUCGGUCUACGACGACGAAGAACUGCAAGACAAAAACAUCCCCAUUGCUCUCCCCACCAUUUCUACAUCCGUCGUCAACGUCGUCAACGUCGACAACAACACCUCUCCGAAGACCGGCAACAGUGAAACCAUCACCACCAUUGUCACCAACAAUCACGUCAACGACGUCGACAGCCCCAAUACUCUGAAACCAAACAACAAAUCCCCCAGCUCUGCCUUCAAGCUUGGCAAUUUCUUCGGCUGGCCUUCUGCGUCGCCGUCCACCACCGAAUUCUCGGACCAGAGCUACUCGCCUCUGCCGUCCCCGUCUUCGCUGCAGCCCCCGCCCAGCACUACCUUUACCCAUGCAUCAACGCUGUCCACGCCCGGAACCAACUCACCUUCCCAAGCACAGGACGGCUUCACCGCAUUUGGCAGCACCCACACAAACACCAACAAGAACAGAAACUUGCUCGGUAUCAUUGCCCCCGCAAAAACGAAUUCUGCCGCGACCACGACCGGCGUCGAGUCUUCGGCAUACUACGAGGACUACCUGCAGAACCUGCAGACACCCCCCAUCUUGACCCCUGGGGCGCGUACUACCGCAUCACCUGCAUCCUCCACCCUCUCCCCCCACUCCCUGGCCCAGCAGCAAGAGCAGUUUGGGCAAAUCGAAGAGAUGGAGGACGAGCUCAAGGCCAUCAGCGCCGAGCUGGCCGCGUCCAUCCGGCGUGAGAUGGACCUCGAAGACCUCGUUGACAGGUUACAAACAGAAGUCAACAACCCACAACCCACAGGCAGCAAGCGCACCAGCGACUACUUUUCCGACUCGGGCGCCAUUUCCUCCAAGUUUGGCGACUACGAUGCCGCCAAGGAGGAGAUUGCGCAGGUGCAGCGCCGCGCCGAGCAGGAAAAGGCCCAGAUCCGCCUCGAGCUCACCGAGAAGCUGACCGAUGAGCGGUCCCGCCGCCGCGGGCUCGACCAGCAGAUCAAGGAGCUCAGCGAGCGCGCAUCGGGCCUGGAUAUGGACGUGCGCAACAACAACGACGCUAGCGGCCGCGUCAAGCAACUCGAAAGCACGUGCGAAGACCUGCGCCGCCGCCUCUCCGAGGAGCGCGGUGUCAAGGAGAACUUUGAGGAUCUCCUGUCGGCUAUGAAGACGGAGCUGCAAAACGCCUCCAACGAGCGCGACAACCUCCGCGACGAAGUCGUCCCGCAGCUGCGGGCCCGCGUCGAGGGCCUCGAGUCGCAGGCGGCGGAGCACGCGCGCCAGAUAUACGAGACCACCAAGAUGCAACAGGAGCUGCAAAGUCUCAAGGACGAGAACUCAGGCCUGCGCUCGGCAGCCGCUUUCAGCGCCGAUGCCGUUGCAUCGGGCGCCGCCAGCCUGUCUAGGUCCAACACCGUCAAGGGCAUGCCGGGCGGACCGCCGUCCAAGUCCGCCACACCAGCCAAUGCCACGACCGAGUCCCGUGAGGCAUUGGCCGAGCGUCUCAAGGACGUUGAGGCCCAGCGUGAUGCUCUGCACAGCGCCCUCAAGAGCCUGCUGGAGCGCCAGGAGUUCCAGAACCGCGAAAACGACAAGAAGAUCCGCGUCCUCGAGCUGGAGCGCCAGCGCCUGCUCACGGCGUCGCCCAAGAAGGCCGGCUACGAGCGCGACGUCGCAGGACUGCGGGACGAGGUCAGCGUCCUGCGGCGGCGGGCCGAGGAGGCGCUUGAGCAGAAGUGGCAGGUGGAGAAGGGCCUGAGUGGCCUCAAGAUGGACCUGGACCGUGCCGAGGACGAGAUUGCCCACCUGCGGACCCUGCUGCAGCAGCACGACAUUCUCCUGCCCUCGAGCAGCUCCAGCCGCAGCGGCUCCAACACGUCCAGUGUCUACGACACCGACGACACCGCCGCCACCAGCAUCGGCAGCCUCCGCGCCGGGCCCGUGACGUCGGCCUCGCUCGAGACUGCAUACAAGAACCUGCAAAAGUCGUACGCGGAGGCACUGGAGCGCAUCCGUGCCUUGGAGUCGUCGAGCGGUGCGCUGGGUUCGGUGAUCCCGUCCGACGAGAAGACCACCCUCGCGCUGCAGCGGCUCGAGCGGUCGCUCUCGUCCACCAUGGCCGAGCGCGAUGCGGCACGCGACGAGGUGGCCACGCACCUGACACGCCUGGCCGACUCGGCCGGCUCGGAGAAGACCAUGCUUGAGAACGAGCGCAGCCUGGCUGGCCAGCUGGACGCCUCGGCGCGCCGGGUCGAAGAGCUCGCGCAGCAGGUGCGCACACAGCUCGAGACCAACGCCAAGCUGCGCGACCGCCUCAGUCAGAUGGUGGCGCGCGGCGAUGCCGACCAGAAGGCGCACAAGAACCGCAUCGCGGCUCUGGAGGCGCGCCUGCGCAGCCUCGAGGAGCAGCUCGUGGCGACGCAGACGGCCGCCGAGGACCGCGUGGCGCGCCACGAGGAGCAGGUCGCGGCGCUCAAGGAAGCGCACAACACGCAGCUGCAGCGCCUGCGCGACGCCUCGGGCGGCAUCCGCGCGUCGUCGCCCAGCCGGUCGCCCGUCACGUCGCCGCGCAUGCUCUCGUCCGCGCAGCUCGGCGGUCUGGGCAGCCUGGGCAGCCUCGGCGGCCCCGGCGGCGCCAUCAAGUCGCCCAUGUCGCCCAUGUUCUCGGUGAACGGCAAGCUGGUGCCACCGCCGGCGGCGUCGUCGUCGCGGCCGAGCAGCCGUGGCAGCGUCAUGAGCGGUGGCGGUGCGAGUGCGUCUGGCACCGCGGCCGCGGCGGCCGCCGCCGAGGAGCAGCAGGCGCAGGUGGCCACGCUCAAGGCGCGCGUCAGCGAGCUGGAGACGGCGCUGUCCAAGGCCGACUCGGAUAUGCAGGAGGUGGUUGGCCGUAUGAACACGGCGCAGAUUGAGGUGAUGCAGCUCCAGGAGGACCUGGAGACGGCCGGCCGUGAGACGCGGCGGCUGCAGCGGCUGCUCGAGACCGAAAAGGUCAAGGGCUUUGAGGAGCGGUUCAAGCUGCUGAGCCGGACGACGACUGCCUAA